AUGAUCAGUACUGAAACUAUUCAACAUGCGUUGGUGGAAUAUUCGUCUGCAAAGGCUACUUGGCAUCGCAGCAUAGUGGACAUCGGGGCAGGGGCUGCAACAUUCAGCUGCUGGUUGUUGGGAAUUUUCACCAGGGCGCACGAAGUUGAAAUGGAGGAAGUGGCGAUGGUGAAUUGGGCUAUUUGGCGUGCGCGGAAUGACUUUGUUUGGCAAAAGAAAAGUUGGCUUACUUCAAAUAUUGUAACAGCAGCUAGAAACAUGCUUGAUCAAUACAAAUUUGCUCAGGGGAGGAAGGGCCUUUCGUUGUCUCCUUUGGAUGAUGGGGGACGGAACUAUGAGCGUUGGAUUUCACCUGUGUUAAAUAAGAUUAAAGUUAAUGUUGAUGGGGCUUUAUUUGAACAAGAGGGGUGGUUUGGAGUGGGCUGUGUAGCUCGAGAUCAUCAUGGAACCAUGGUAGAAGCUUUCAAGAAGGGAAAGGUUGGGUAUGUCCAACCCGAAAUUGCUGAGUUCAUAGGCAUCAAAGAAGCUUUGAGUUGGAUUGCAACUCAUCCCUAG